CCACUGUGCUAAUAGUGACGCUUUGUGUUUCAUGGUUGAAAACAUUCGUACAGCGUCUAGGUACUUUCCGAUCCCCUAUGUUAGAAAGACUGUUGUCGACCGGUAGCCUUUGUGUUAACUCGUCCGUGGUAAGAUUCUGUUGAUUUAUACAAGCGUAAGAGGUUGGCUUAUCUGUACAGGUGCUAUUUAUUCCGUACCAAAUAGAAUUGUGCUUGUGGAUCUACCAUGGCCGAAGCAGCGAACGUAAAACCUGAACUCGGCUACAACCAUCUUGGAAAUUACAAAAUCGAACGAAAAAUUGGCAAAGGUCAAUUCAGCGAAGUCUACCGAGCAAUAUGUUUAUUGGACUCAAAGCUGGUUGCUCUGAAAAAAGUAAAGAUAUUCGAAAUGAUGGAUGCUAAAGCUCGCCAAGAUUGUAUCAAAGAAAUAGAUUUAUUAAAGCAAUUGAAUCACAGCAAUGUGAUUUGUUACCUUGCAUCAUUUAUUGAAGAUAAUGAAUUGAAUAUAGUCCUUGAACUUGCUGAUGCGGGAGACCUUAGCAGAAUGAUAAAGCAUUUUAAAAACCAAAAAAGACUGAUCCCUGAACGGACAGUUUGGAAAUAUUUUGUACAACUUGCUUCCGCAGUGGCACACAUGCACUCAAGAAGAGUUAUGCACCGAGACAUUAAACCCGCCAAUGUGUUCAUCACUGCACAAGGUGUUGUAAAGCUUGGAGAUCUGGGCCUCGGAAGAUACUUUUCGUCAAAAACCAGCUUUGCACAAAGUUUAGUUGGUACGCCAUACUACAUGUCACCAGAAAGAAUCCAUGAAAACGGUUACAACUUUCGGUCUGACAUCUGGUCACUGGGUUGUUUACUUUAUGAAAUGGCAGCUUUACAGUCACCUUUUUACGGAGAUAAAAUGAAUCUUUAUGCAUUGUGCAAAAAAAUAGAAAGCUGCGAGUAUCCUCCAUUGCCUGCCGAUAUAUAUUCUGAAGAACUUCGUGAUUUAGUGGCUGUGUGCAUUAACCCCGACCCAGAAAAACGGCCGGACAUUGAACAUAUUUACAACAUUGCUAGCAAAAUGUAUGAAGCCACGAAAACUAGAGCAUGAUGUUGUUACCUUUUUCUUCAAGUACUAGCAGCAGUAGCAGGUGCACUGUGUUCUUGGUGCUUUUACGGAAUAUCUUUACCUUAAUUUUUGCAUCACUUAUCCCUUUAAAACCGUGCAGCCAAUUCCAACCAUUCAUUGUGCUAUUAAUAUUGAUACCUACAUUUUCUGUUGGCCAAAGUUUCAAAAUGCCUUGUGUAUCAUUGUGUGCAGCCUAUCAUUAAGUGUGCUUACAAAGCCAGUUAUUUUACGUUUAAAAGGUUACUUUUGCUAUAAUGUAACAAGUGUAUUGAAACUAUUUUAUUUCAGCAAUAUCUUCAGCCUAAAAGCAUUUAAACCAAAUUUAACUAUUGUUACUUCUUUUUAGUAUCGUUUCUUGGUUUGCUUUUCUUUAUUGUUAUGAAUGUAUUGCCUGUGUAAUAUGUACAAAACCAAAGUAUAUUAAUUCUUCAUAUAGGCCAGUUGUAACUUGUUUCAUAUAAAAUUCCUCAUUUUUUCCCAUCUUAGCUUAGUUUGUUUUAUGUUCAUAAGAAAGUAGUUAUUUUAGAUGUAUGUAUAUCAGUGGUUCCUAAACUAUUGUACUUUAAUAGUUCCAGGUGGUACAUGGGAUCUUCUUUGAUUUUUAGAAAUUUUAAAUGGUACAACAUCAUUUUAAAAUAGGUGUAAUGUGAGGAAUACCGGGGUUGGGUUAACAUGUCAUUUGGAAGGCUGGGACUUCAUAUGUUUUGGCACGCCAGUUUUAAGUUUAAAACAUCUUUUACCCUGCUGUUAGGUGUCCAAAGAUGCAAGCAGAGUCCAAGAGUUUACAUUACCUAAAUUUUUUUUAAUGACACCCUAGAUUUUACUGAAAUUUCAGUAAACAAGACGCCUCUGCUCCUAUAAGUGUAUAAAUAGGUACAUAAGUAGAUACUGUUUUUUUUUAACCACUGGUAAACUGGUAUUCCUUCACCAAUCAAGAACUUAAACUAGUUCAUAUUCUUCUUACCUAAUUGAAUCACUCAUUAGUAAUUGUUUCAUUGCACUAACAGCCUUGUAUUGUGCUUAAUGUUAGUGCAUGUACAUUCGUUGCACUUUUGUAGUUUUAGCACACAAAUAAAUAGCCCUGUAUGUCAAA